AUGACGACUAGGAUAUGCGAUCUUCCACCGAAACUGGUAGGAGAGAAAAUACUCACCAAGGUUCCGAUAACGUCUCUCAGAGAAGUGCGAUUAACAUGCAAACUAUGGCUCUCUUUAUCCCAAGACUGGAUUUUAGGUCAAGAAGCAGCAGCAACAAGGCAGCAGUUUCUAGGGUUUAUGACGAUGGAUGACAAGGUUUGUUCAUUGAAAUUCAAUCUCCGCAAGGAGGAAAACUUGAUUGAUCUGUCUUUCAAGCAGGUAGAGACACUUAACCAAGUCGAGAUAUCCAAAGUCUUUUACAGCGACGGCUUAUUGUUAUGCGUGGCCAAGGACAACUCGAGGCUCGUUGCGUGGAACCCUUACUUAGGGCAAACAAUAACGAUCAGACCAAGAACAAGUUUCCACAGACUAGACAAUUAUGCUAUCGGAUACGACAAGAAGACUCGUAACCACAAAAUCUUGAGACUUGAGGUUACACCCGACUGGGAGAUGGAAUUCUUUCAACGCGGAGUGUCUGUGAAAGGAAACAGUUAUUUCUAUGCUCAGGGGAAGUUAAUGUCUGACUUGACUAGCUUUCGUGAAGGAGAAGGUCUACAUAUAACAGACUGCGCUGACUUCUUGCUCUGUUUUGAUUUCACAAGAGAGAAGAUGGGACCGCGUCUGCCUCUUCCGUUUCACGCUUUUGGUGACACUGUGACUUUGUCUUGUGUCAGACAAGAACAGCUCGCUGCGCUGUAUCAGCAGGGUGAGGAUUAUUCUGACGCGUUGGAGGUUUGGGUUACGACUAGGGUUGAGCCCGAGGACGUGUCUUGGAGCAUGUUUUUGAAAGUGGAUAUGAAACCACACACUAGUCUUGGUGUUGGUCGGAUUCAAGAUGACUAUGGGAGCUUCUUCAUUGACGAGGAAGAGAAAGUCGUUGUGGUUUUCGAUGUGGACGGGUUCUUGCACACGGAGGAGAGCCCUCGGUACCACACGGCUUUUGUUAUCGGAGAAGAUGGAUACUUCAAAACUGUGAGUCUCGGAGAAGCUCCCAAUAUCUACAAACUUGACAGGGUUUGGGUAACUGGGCAUUUUUAUGUCCCGCAACAUUUCAGUCCCCCACUUGUGUGCUCUUCUUCUUAUCUCCCAAGUUUGGUGCAACUCAACUAA